GGAAACCUCAGCAGAGGCUCCUAGAGGCGACAGUUGUGGGUACAAAGCAGAGUGGACGGAGUCGGGCACUCAUUUGUCUGUCAUGUCUCAGUGGAAUCAAGUCCAACAGUUAGAAAUCAAGUUUUUGGAGCAAGUAGAUCAAUUCUACGAUGACAACUUUCCCAUGGAAAUUCGACAUCUGCUGGCCCAGUGGAUUGAAAAUCAAGACUGGGAGGCGGCUUCUAACAAUGAAACCAUGGCAACAAUUCUUCUUCAAAACUUGUUAAUACAACUGGAUGAACAGUUAGGUGAUAUCUCAAAAGGGAAAAUCCUGAUGGAAAUUAGAUAACUGAAAAGGAGAAAAAUUCUAUUAGGAAAAUUUCAUGGAAAUCCAAUGCAUGUAGCUGUGGUUAUUUCAAAUUGUUUAAGGGAAGAGAGGAGAAUAUUGGCUGCAGCCAACAUGCCAGUCCAGGGACCUCUGGAGAAAUCCUUACAAAGUUCUUCAGUUUCUGAAAGACAGAGGAAUGUAGAGCACAAGGUGGCUGCCAUUAAAAACAGCGUGCAGAUGACAGAACAAGACACCAAAUACUUAGAAGACCUGCAAGACGAAUUUGACUACAGGUAUAAAACAAUUCAGACAAUGGAUCAGAGUGACAAGAAUAGUGUCUUGAUGAAUCAGGAAGUUUUGACACUGCAAGAAAUGCUUAACAGCCUCGACUUCAAGAGAAAGGAAGCGCUCAGCAAGAUGACACAGAUAGUGAAUGAGACAGACCUGCUAAUGAACAACAUGCUCGUGGAAGAGCUGCAGGACUGGAAGCGGAGGCAGCAAGUCGCCUGCAUCGGAGGUCCCCUCCACAACGGGCUCGACCAGCUGCAGAACUGCUUUACACUAUUGGCAGAAAGUCUUUUCCAACUCAGAAGGCAAUUGGAGAAAUUAGAAGAGCAAUCUACCAAAAUGACAUAUGAGGGUGAUCCCAUCCCAGUACAAAGAACUCACCUGCUGGAAAGAGUCACCUUCUUGAUCUACAACCUCUUCAAGAACUCCUUUGUGGUUGAGCGCCAGCCCUGCAUGCCAACGCACCCCCAGAGGCCCCUGGUACUUAAAACCCUCAUUCAGUUCACUGUGAAGCUAAGACUGCUUAUAAAAUUACCAGAACUAAACUACCAGGUAAAGGUGAAAGCAUCAAUUGACAAGAACGUUUCAACUUUAAGCAAUCGAAGAUUUGUACUUUGUGGAACCAAUAUCAAAGCCAUGUCUAUUGAAGAAUCUUCCAAUGGGAGUCUCUCAGUAGAAUUUCGGCAUUUGCAACCAAAGGAAAUGAAGUCCAGUGCUGGAAGUAAAGGAAAUGAGGGCUGUCACAUGGUGACAGAGGAGCUUCAUUCCAUCACCUUUGAAACACAGAUCUGCCUGUAUGGCCUGACCAUAGAGUUGGAGACCAACUCAUUGCCCGUGGUGAUGAUUUCCAAUGUCAGUCAGUUACCUAACGCUUGGGCGUCCAUCAUUUGGUACAAUGUGUCAACAAAUGAUUCCCAGAACUUGGUUUUCUUUAAUAAUCCUCCAUCUGCUACUUUGAGUCAACUUCUGGAAGUGAUGAGCUGGCAGUUUUCAUCGUAUGUUGGUCGUGGCCUUAAUUCAGACCAACUCAAUAUGCUGGCAGAGAAGCUUACAGUCCAGUCUAGCUACAGUGAUGGUCACCUCACCUGGGCCAAGUUCUGCAAGGAACACUUACCCGGUAAAUCAUUUACGUUUUGGACAUGGCUUGAAGCGAUAUUGGAUCUAAUUAAGAAACACAUUCUUCCCCUUUGGAUUGAUGGGUAUGUCAUGGGCUUUGUUAGCAAAGAGAAGGAACGGCUCUUGCUAAAGGAUAAAAUGCCUGGAACCUUCUUACUAAGGUUCAGUGAAAGCCAUCUUGGAGGAAUAACUUUCACCUGGGUGGAUCAUUCUGAAAACGGAGAAGUGAGAUUCCACUCUGUGGAGCCCUACAAUAAAGGCCGGUUGUCUGCUCUGCCAUUCGCUGACAUCCUCAGAGACUACAAGGUUAUUAUGUCUGAAAACAUUCCGGAAAACCCUCUGAAGUACCUAUAUCCUGACAUUCCCAAAGACAAAGCCUUUGGUAAACACUACAGCUCCCAGCCAUGCGAAGUUUCGAGACCGACAGAAAGGGGAGACAAAGGUUACGUUCCUUCAGUUUUUAUCCCCAUCUCAACCAUCCGAAGUGAUUCAUGUGAGCCACAUUCUCCGUCAGACCUUCUUCCCAUGUCUCCAAGUGUAUAUGCAGUGCUGAGAGAAAACCUGAGUCCCACAACAAUUGAAACUGCAAUGAAGUCUCCAUAUUCUGCUGAAUGACAGGAUAAACUCUGACACCCCAAAGAAGGAAACAGAUGAAAAAGUUUAAAGACUAGUCUUUGCCAAGGACAGUAUCUAAUUUCUUCAGCUUUGUAAAUACAGGUUUCCGGGAAAUGGUUGAAAUCUGAAGCUCUCUUCUCAUUGGCCUGGUACCCAGCACUCCCACCCACCCCAAUUGGGAGUAUUGUAAUUAAGAUGCUAAAAACUAAAGCUUCAGAACAACUUUCUAAAUAAGACAACUUUGAGAAACCAGCGUUAAUAACAAUAUUAACAGAAGA